UGCUUUGAGCUAAGAGCUGUGUUUUUGGAUUGUCACGCCACUGUCCAGAUGGAGCCCAGCACCUCAACCAGGAAGCAUUUCACCAUCAAUGACUUUGAAAUCGGGCGUCCUCUGGGCAGGGGGAACUUUGGGCGUGUGUACCUGGCUCGGCUCAAGGAAAAUCAUUUCAUCGUGGCCCUGAAGGUCCUCUUCAAGUCUCAGAUAGAGAAGGAGGGAUUGGAGCACCAACUUCGAAGGGAAGUGGAGAUCCAGAUGCACCUACAACACCCGAAUAUCCUUCGCCUGUACAACUACUUCCACGAUGACAGUCGGGUUUACUUAAUUCUGGAGUAUGCUCCAAGGGGUGAGCUCUAUAAGGAGCUUCAGAGAAAACAGAAGUUGGACCAGCAGCAAACAGCCACGAUAAUAGACCAGUUGUCAGAUGCCCUGAUCUACUGCCAUGGGAACAAGGUGAUUCACAGGGACAUCAAGCCAGAGAAUCUUCUGCUGGGCCUUGGGGGAGAGGUGAAGAUCGCAGACUUCGGGUGGUCUGUGCAUACCCCCUCUCUCAGGAGAAAGACGAUGUGUGGGACUCUGGACUACUUGCCCCCAGAAAUAAUAGAGGGGAGAACGUACAAUGAGAUGGUUGAUCUGUGGUGCGUUGGGGUGCUCUGCUAUGAGCUGCUGGUGGGAACACCACCCUUCGAGAGCAGCACCUCCAGUGAGACAUACAGACGCAUCUGCCAGGUGGAUUUUAAGUUUCCUUCAUCAAUGCCUGCAGGGGCCCAGGACUUGAUCUCCAAGCUUCUUAGAUACCAUCCCUCAGAGCGGCUGAGCCUGGCCCAGGUCCUGAAGCACCCCUGGGUCAGGGAACACUCUCAGGGGAUACUGCCUCCCUGUGUUCAGAUGGCUUCCUGAGCCCUGUCUGUCUCUAUUCCUGUGUGUUUCUUCAGGGAGCUCUCCAGGUUCUGUUUGUUACUGUAUGUGGUUUCCUUG